UUCUCUUUUUGCUGUGGGAUGCCAAUGGCAGCUAUUUCCCCAUUGCCCGUUUCACACCUCUCACCCACCACCUCAGCCAACCCCUCUCUGUGAGAGAGAGGGAUAGAGAGAGCUGUUCGUCGUCAUCAUCAUUACCAUCACCGUCUGCUCUCUUUGUGCCUGUGAACUGCUACAGCUUCACGGAUUCAUCCUCUCUCUCUCUCUCUCUCCUUCUUCCCAACCCGACCCCGACGAAGCCCCCUUCCCAUUCCUCUCACGGUACCGAUCGCGCUCCUUCGGUCGCCCCGUUUCUUUUCUUCGGUUCUUCUCGCCGCCGUAACCCUCCUCCUUCGCCCGCCGACCGUUCCGCCGCUUCUUUCCCUGCUUUCUUCCCUGCCUGAGACGAGUCCUGCCUUGGCUUGUCUUCGCCUUGCCUCUUCCCCAAACUUUGGCCGGGGUCGGAAGGUGACCGCGCCUCUGGUGUGCUGGACUGUAGGAUCAUGGAGCGAUUCUUGCUGAACCUAAACCCUUUUCGGUUCAAGCGGGUGAUCCCGGCCCCGUUCCUCUGAUAAAGGUGACGCCUUUGGGGUUCUCUUGUCCAUUUGUCCCUCUUGUUCUUCGAUUUUGGUGUUUCCCUCGCGAAAGACCUCCUCACCGAGCUUUUGGAACCGCAGUCCUCUUCUAGGGAAGACGAUUUUUCUUUUUCUAGGGGAGUCGGCAACGUGAGAUUUCCCAAGUUUUUGCCCCUAUUUUGUUGGAUUUUUCCCUUGUUCUGUGAAGCCCUAAGUUCUGUGAUGGCCAAGCUUGGUGAACUUCCUGUGCAUAGGUCAUCUUUGCUGUUUGGAGUGCUACCUUGACUUGUGUUGGUAGUCGGAUCCAUGACGAUGUCAGGAGAUGGUCCUGAUUUUGUGAAAUGGAGCGAGCAGUUCAUAUCACAGGAGCGUGGGCGCCGGAUUGUUCAUUACUACCUUGAGGACGCUUCUGGAGACUCCCAUCUAGCCGUCGUCGGCACCGAACGGAGUCUCCGGCACAUGCUGUAUGUCGUGUCAGAGAAGUUCUGCCAGGUUUACGGGUCCAACAAGUUAGGGUUGUCCUCCCUCAAAUGGAGAUCGAGAAGAGAGGUUGUAGAUUGGCUUGCUUCGUUCCUUCCAGCCAAAGCCUGUGAUUCACAUAUUUCGAAGUUGCCAAAAUGCAUGAAACAUGAUUUGGGUGUUGAGAUGGAAAUUAAUAGAUGUGGUGAUACUGGAGACCACUUGGUCGAAAACAUGGAUGACAGCAACAGAUCUGACAUCAUUUGGUCUGGUGCUUCCUGGACUUGUGGGAAGCAGCUCCGGCAUUACCAAGCUUUUUGUCGAAAUGGAACAACAGUGAUUGUCCACUCUUUUGUCCUUGUGAUGUCUGAGGAGGAAAAUCGUUAUCUUGCUUACUUGGAAGAUAUGUAUGAGAAUAAAAAAGGGGAAAAGAAGGUCAAAGUACGAUGGUUUCAUCAGAAUCAGGAAUUUGCUUGUGCGAUACCUGCACCUGCUCCACAUCCCAGUGAAGUUUUCAUAACACCUUUCUCUCAGGUCAUUAGUGCAGAAUGUGUGGAUGACAUAGCUGCUGUUUUGACUCCUGAACAUUAUGAGAAAUGCUUGGAUUCCCUUUCAUCUGCAGCAGGAGUUCGUUUAUGCUUUCGGCAGUACAUUAAAAAUAAAUUCAAACUCUUUGAUCUAAGAACGUUGCGUGGUUAUUUUAAUCAAGCAAUUCUUUCCCGCUUGGGUAUUUGUGAUGAGUCUGGAAAAGGAGAAGCGGAAAUUGGCUACAGUCCGAUCAAAGAACAUGUUGGUCACAGGAGAACUCGAUUUGUUAAGGUACAGGAGAAAUUUCUGGCACAACAUUUUGGGACUGAAAUAUCUGGCCUUUUAGGCCAUAUAACAACUUGCCAACCAGCUUAUCAGAAUUUGGAAUAUGAUUUACUUGUGAGAAGGCCUCUGUCAAUGAAGUUUGUUGGGCCUCAUAAUUGGCUUAUGCCACCUUUUGAAGUCGGAGAGAAAAUAGAGCUUCUUUGCCAGGAUAGUGGUAUCAGGGGCUGCUGGUUUAAGUGCACUGUUUUAAGAUUAUCACUUAAGAAGUUAAAAGUCCAGUAUGACGAUGUGCAAAAUGUCGAUGGGUAUGGGAAUUUGGAGGAAUGGGUUCCUGCCUUCAGAACAGCAGCUCCUGAUAGAUUGGGCAUGAGAUGCUCAGGCCGUCUAACAAUUCGUCCAUGUCCUAAAUGUAUUUAUUUGCUUAACAACAUUGAUCUUAAAAAGGGAAUGGCAGUGGAUGUACAAUGGAAUGAUGGCUGGUGGGAGGGAAUUAUUGUUGAGCUGGCAAACAGUAGAGAUGAUAAUGUGCAAGUAUACUUGCCAGCAUAUACAAGUGGAAGCUCAAAAACAUUGCUCAAAGGUGGAUACUUCUGUUGGUCGAUUGACUUAGAUCUCAAGGGAUGGAUUUCUUUUAGCACUCAACAGGCUGCCGGUGAAGACAUCUUCUUAAUUUGCGAACUGAAAAGGCUAAGGAUAUCUAAAGAUUGGGUGGGUGAUCAAUGGGUCGAUAUCAAUGCUAAGCCUGAUAUCUUAUCGGCAGCCUCUUCAUUUAGCCCCCGAACAAAGCUUGCUUCCUGCUCUGUCAUUAUCAAGGGGGCAGAAUCUGGCAGCUCAGUGAUGUCAGAUCAGGAAUUCAUCACUGCACAGCCUAAUUUGGUUGAGGAUAAGCAGGCAGAAGCUAGUUUGAGUUGUAGGAAUUCUGUGCAACUUGACAAUGAGAGUCAAUCUAAUCCAAGGAAGCGCCACAGGGAGGAAAAUGCUCAGGAUGGCUGUGGUGUUGGAACAGGUAUUGGCGACGCCGAAAGUUAGCUUGGCAUUUGUAGCUCCAUCAAGGUUGGCUUUCAGGUUUUCUGUACAUAGAUAUAUAAGUAGUAUAUAGAAUGAUUUCCCGACUUUGGGGGCGGGGGUGGGCGACUUAACUUCAAUUUGACUAGGCAGCCCCAGGGUGACUGACUGAAGACUCUGUUAGCUUUGUAUCAUCAAUGUGACUCCUGGACAUUGUCAAUUAGCAGUUAGGUCAAAAUCAUAUGAAUCCAGCAGACAGCAGGUGCAUUUUGAGCUCUGCUCAAACUUUGCUACUUGUCAUGUCUUGGCUGCUUCAUGAAUAGUUUUAUGGUGUCAUGUAUGAUUUGGAACAGACUUAGGAAUAGCGAGUUUGUUUCAAUUUCA